GAAGUGGACGUCCGCUGAUGCAAAGACGAAGGUGGAGUUGGGCUCCUGCAACAACCAGUGUCCAAAAGAGCUGGCGUGUGGUCACCGCUGUAAGCAGGUGUGUCAUCCAGGUGUGUGUGAGGAGAAAUGUCAGCAGAAGGUGAAGGUCAGGUGUCCCUGCAAGAGGAUCAAGAAGGAGUUCUUGUGUUCAGAUCAAUGUGCGGUUCAGUGUGACGACGCCUGCAAAGACCAGAAGAAGAAAGUCAGCCAGGUGAAGGAGGCGGAGCUUAAAGCGGCUCAGGAGGAGGAGCAGAAGAAGCUUCAGGAGGAGCUGGAGGCGUUUGAGAAGCGCCAGCAGCGGGGGGGCAGGAGGAGUAAGAAGAGGGGGAGGAGGGGGGAGGUGGAUGAGGAGGAGGGAGGAAGAGGAAGAUGGGGGAAGGUCUUCCUCUUCGUCUUCGUCCCGGUGGCCGGCGCUCUGAUGUCCGCCGGAGCUUACUACCUCCUGAACGCACCGUGAAAAAAAAUCAUCGAAGCUGCCUCGUGGUUUAUUUAACUUUCGGAUGUGCUUUUAUUUUGGCGGGUCUUCCUGUUUCAAACUUAUUCCUUGUUUUGUUUUUGGUUAAAAGAAGUGAUAGCGGUCGGGGAGCUAAAGCAGAUCCAUGAGACUUCAUUAAACAUUUUUUUUAAAUUUUAGCUCAAUUUCUUUUGUAACUUUUCAAAUGUGUUAAGAAAAGACUAAAUGUUUAAUAUUAAGGUGAAGUCAAAAGGAUAAUCUGGGUUAUUAACUUAAUUUAAAGUAUUGAAAACUUUGUUGCCUCAAUUUGACUUUCCUUUUAGUUCAGAAUCCCCAAAUAUUGAAUAGUUUAUCUUCCUUUUUCAGACUUCAAAUGACAAAGAUCGAGGACUUAAAGCCGUUAUCUCACACUCUUUAAAUCCACCAGACUCCAUUCAUAACAAUAUUGUACCUUGUGUAUCGCUGCCUAAAUCACAUGUUAUUUUGUGUGUUAAUGUCAGACUUUUAAGGGUUAAUUUGGAUUUAUGAAUUUGUUAAAAAUUUACAUUUUUCAUAAUAUAAGAUAUUUAAGACUUUUUUCCCAUUAUUCUGAAAAAAACGAAAACUUAAAUUGCCUUUAAUUUCAUAUAAUGGCAAAAUAUACGUUUUUGUUAAUAGUAUUCUUUAAUCUCCAACAUUAAGAAAACUCAAUCAAAGAUAAAGAUGCAAUUAAUUCAACAAGAAACAGAUUAAAUAUUACGGGCAGGAAAGUUUUAAAUAUAGAACAAAGUUAAGGAAGUACAGAAAUGUUAAGUUCAAUUUAAAUCUUACUAUAUAAGUUAUUAGUUAACUGUUUUUAUUUAAUGGAGUCUGGUAGAUAAGGACGUCCCCACUUUAAACCACGCUAACCAUCUCGUAGUUUUAUUAUUUGUAGUGAAAUUUAGUUUUUUCAUAGUUUAAAUGUAGUUUUAUUUUGGUGGGAAAUUAGAUAAAGGUGGAUUUGAACUGUUUACCAAUGCCACAAAAAAAAAAACGUAUAAGAUAUCUAAACACUUUUAUUUAAAUGAACUUCUAAAAGUCAUCAAAAAAUAAAUAAUGAGAUCUUUACUUUAAGGUUAAAUCGACGAAAAUGUAAUGAAUUCUCACCUUUUCAUUGAUUAGUCAUGUAUCUGUAUUAUUUGGGCGUAUUUUGACUUGUUUAGUUAUGACGGUGCUUCCUUCAGAUACAGAAACGUUAUUUCAAUUUGGUCCUAAAAUGUUAAAUUUGUGAAGUUCAAUUUCAUUUUUUCUGUCUUUUUUUUUUAAUACUGAAAAAUAAAAUGUAUAAAAAUA